CGUUUUGGUGCAGUCACGCACGGUCUUUGGUUUUGGGUUCAUUUUUUUUAUUCUACCGGCCAGCUUCGGUGAAGUCCCAGUCUACGAUCUCACCGUUCACGAAGGUGGCGUUUCGUUACAAACCUCCUCCUCUCCUCCUCAGGUUCCCUAAAUCAACUUUCAGUUUUUGAUUGUUGAGGAUGGUGCUAGUCUUGGCCCUGGGGGAUUUGCACAUACCCCACCGGGCACCUGAUCUUCCUGCAAAGUUCAAAUCCAUGCUUGUCCCUGGUAAAAUCCAGCACAUCAUUUGUACUGGAAAUUUAUGUAUUAAGGAAGUUCAUGACUACUUAAAGACUCUUUGUCCUGACUUGCAUAUAACUCGUGGUGAGUAUGAUGAAGAGACAAGAUAUCCAGAGACUAAAACACUAACCAUUGGCCAAUUUAAGCUGGGACUAUGCCAUGGUCAUCAGGUUAUUCCAUGGGGAGACCUAGACUCACUUGCAAUGCUACAGAGGCAGCUUGAUGUAGACAUCCUUGUCACAGGUCAUACCCAUCAGUUUACAGCUUACAAACACGAGGGUGGUGUGGUUAUAAAUCCAGGUUCUGCAACAGGGGCCUACAGCAGCAUCACUUAUGACGUCAACCCAAGUUUUGUCCUUAUGGACAUUGAUGGUCUGCGUGUUGUGGUCUAUGUAUAUGAACUUAUUGAUGGAGAGGUUAAGGUAGACAAGAUUGAUUUUAAGAAAACAUCCACAAGCCACUGAGCUCAUUAAGCACUUGUAUUUUUUCUUACUCUCUUGUAUCUUUCGUUUUCUUAUUUGGUCGUAUAGGUUUUUUCCUCCUUCGAACUUUCCAAGGCUGUACUGUUUAGUUUUAUUUUGCUUGGAACACCUGUAUUUUGGCCAUAUCAUAGGAUUCUUAGGAUUUGAUCUAUUGCUGAUUUCUGUGAAACUUGUGACUGUUUAGCAAUGGCUUUUGUGUAUUCCAUUUUACCAGUGAUUGGCCCAGGGAUGAUAUGAAGCAAAAUUUUUGUUAAUCAG